UCUCAACAGGAACAACUUCGAGGGCAAAUCGAAUUGGUUUGAAGCAAUGGGCGACAAAAAAUUCAACGAGUUCAAUGUUGCUUAUUACAUCUCAAGAGGCCAACAGCGAUCAGUGGAUGAACAUGAGGAUGAAAGCGGUGGUGGAUCAGGUGCUAAUUAUCAGAAGGAUGCAACAAGGGCCGUUGGAAGACAUUCCAAUUCCGGCUCUUAUGAGGACAUCCGCAGCUCCAUAUUGGAGUACUAUUUGAGGGAGAUUUCUCGACGACUGAAUAUUCUGAAAGAGCGAGAGUACAUGGAUUAUGUGCACGAUAAGUGGCACACAGUUGCUGCUGGAUCGGAUCUUCUUUUUCUCUAUCUCUAUUUUGUAAGCUUAACUGCUCUUGUAUCAUAUUUGGCUUUCACGUGCCUCGAGUGACCUGAACUGUAAUAUAGAGAUCUUGUGCAAU